AUGACAUUGGAUGAUUGCCAUUACCAAGCAAGAGAUGAUCUCGUCUUCCAUGCAAUACUCAACAUGGUAUUGGCCCUUGGAUGUCAACGCAGCAAAGAUGCUCUCUUAUCUCAGAGAAAGCAAUACGCCGAUUCUUUUUAUAGAAGAUCGCAGCGAUUAGUUUCCAUCGAGACCUUGGAUUUCGCCUCUUUAGAAAUCGUGCAACUCCUCCUUUUACGAGGCAUCUAUCUUCAUUAUACGUCCUACGCUAAUCGUUGCUGGAACAUGGUCGGUGUUGCUCUCAGGGUAGCGCAGAGCUUGGGAUUAAACUUUGAACAUGCUGCAUCCUCCAAAAGUCAGCUAGAGCGGGAGAUGAGACGUAGAGUCUGGCAUAACUGCAUUGCUCUGGAUCGGCUCUCAGCUACUACAUUCGGCCGGCCCGUUCUUCAUUGCAAGCCGCAUGCAAUUCCGUUGCCCGAGCCCAUUGACGACGAAUACCUAUCGGAAGUCAAUGAAGGCUGCCAGCCAGAGAACAUUCCAUCCAGAAUUGACUUCUUCAUACAUAGCAUUAGGCUUUUUGAAGUUUUGGACGAAACUCUAAGUAGAUUUUACUCGAACGGAUACCAACGACCAGGACAGGAUCGAACAUCUACAUCUUUUCAAUAUCUUGAGGAUAUCCCGAGACUAUGUUCGAAACUAGACAUCGUGGUCGCGGGCUUGCCUGCCCAUCUUGUGCUUGAUGGUACUAUGGAGGCUGCCAAUGAAUCAACAAGCUGCUUCCGCAUGCAGGCCAUGGGUUCUAUACAUACGGCUACUGCUACUGCGGCCUUCGCUUCUCGUCGAAUUACUUUCGGAGCUGCAUCAGCCCUCCUCGCUGCCAGUCUCUUUCCUGAUUUAGGAGUUGACCUGGAUGCCGGGCCCGCCAAAGAUUCUUGGGAUAAGGCCCUGGAAGUCUUCUAUCAUUACGAGUCUAACGUCGAAUCUGCCGCAAGGGGAGCAGAAGCACUAAAAAAAUACCGGCAACGAUUUUCCGCAUUUCUCAAACAAGAUGGGCAAACUAAAUCAGAAAGGAGCCGAACUGUCAGUUCCAGUAUCUCGGAUAAUGCUCCGGUUGAGGCCGCUAUUGACGAGAACUGGCUGGCAGGAAUGUCGGAGGAUUUUAACGCAUUUUUUACAUCCGACUCCCUGGAGCAAAGUUGGCUUAGCUCGCAGGGUAUUGAUUGGGGCAUGGAUGGGUAUUUUGCAAAUCAAACGUGGCAAUUGGGUGAUCUGGACUUUUAG